CUUAUAUAAAACAAGCUUUUGAUGUUAAUCAUUUUCAUACAUUAAACUCCAAUGUCUGCCGUGCUUGAGCAAUCUCAAAUUCAGCCUUCACCGGACAACGUGAGUGAGCUAACACUUCCUUUAGUACAUUUCGAUUUAACAUGGUUGUAUUUUCAUCCUGUUCAUCGGCUACUCUUCUUCGAAUUUCCAUGUUCAAAGGCAGAUUUCGUCGACAUCCUUGUUCCAAAACUCAAACAAUCUCUCCUCCAAACUCUUAAGCAUUUUCUUCCACUAUCUGGCAACAUAAUCUAUCCAUUAGACUCCGGCAGGCCUAUUUCGCGCUAUGUCGUGGGAGAUUCUGUGUCGCUAACAAUUGCUCAGUGCGAUAAAGAUUUCAAUCACCUCACAGCCAUGGUUCCUCGGGUUGCUGAUGAGUUCUAUUCAUGUGUCCCUCAGAUGCCUCCAGCGACUCAUUCGCCUGACUCCGUAAUUUUUCCAGUUCUUGCCUUGCAAGCAACCAUCUUUCCAGGCCAUGGUGUUUGUCUUGGUUUCACUAACCAUCACGCCAUUGGCGAUGCUAGUACAAUUGUUCGCUUUGUGAAAGCUUGGGCUACAGUUACAAGAUUGGGCGGCGAUUCACAACUUAUAGAUGAUAAAUCUUUACCAUUUUACGAUAGGAGUUCGGUUGAAGAUCCAGAGGGACUCGAUUCGAUAUACUGGGAAUUGAUGAAGAAAUCUAGGCCUAUGGAUGCUCCACCUCUUAACUUUCCCCUCAAUAAGGUUCGUGCAACAUUUGUACUGACCAAAGAUGAUGUUCAAAAACUGAAGAUUUUUGUUUUGAGCAAACGACCGAAGAUGACGCACGUAUCGUCUUUCACUGUAAUAUGUGCACAUGUAUGGGCUUGUUCAGCGAAAGCAAUGGCUGCGAGCGGGGUGGAUUUGGGCGAUGAUGAGCCGGAGUAUUUCGGUUUUCCAGCUGAUUGUCGAGGACGAAUGGAUCCACCGUUGCCUUCUACUUAUUUUGGGAAUUGUUUAGCGUUCGUCAAGGUAGAAACAACGCACGGAAAAUUGAAGGGAAACGAAGGGUUUUUAAUUGCUGCUGAGUCGAUUGGGGAAGCUAUUCAGAGAACGGUGUAUAACGAGAAGGGUAUCUUGGAUGGUGCAGAGAAAUGGCCAUUGGAAUUUAGAGAAUUGAGCGGAAAAAGGCUUUUUGGAGUGGCUGGAUCGCCUAGGUUUGAUCUGUAUGAUGCAGAUUACGGCUGGGGAAAGCCCAAAAAAUAUGAAGCUGCUAACAUCGAUGGGGAUUCGUCAAUGUCCCUUUGUAAGUCGAGGGAUUUCGAAGGAGGUUUCGAGAUUGGCUUAUCCAGGCCUAGAAAUGUGCUAGAUGCCUUUGCACCUUUCUUCACCAUCUCGCUUCGAAAUCUUUAACUUCUUGGGCUUUAGAGGACCAUUUCCAUUGCAACGGUAGUAAAACCUAGUGCUCUAUGAUACAAACAACGAAAGUGAUACAUAAAUAUGUACUUUUAUUCUGUGUUCAUACGAUCUAUUUGGGGUACACAUCUGUUGCUUUAUUGCAGUGUAUUUCUUUCAUUGUCCGGUUCCUUUCUACACAAUCUUUUGAUCUAUUUUCUCGUAUGCCUCCAAAUGUUUCGUUGGAGAUGCAUUUAUCCAUUGGCAAAUGACUUCAGUUAUUCAACUUGUAGUUCAUUACAUACUUGAAUUGAUUGUUGAAUACA